AUGUCCACCAUCCUAACUCUCGCCCCGUUUGAGAUCAGCCCCACCAACCUGGCCCUGUGCUUCCUCUACGGCUGCAACGGGACGGAGCCGCGUGGGCCUGACUACGUGAACGCCAUAGGCGUGCCCAGCUGCAAUUGGCCCAUCUCCGUGUACCUCGGCGGCAGCUACUACCGGAACAUGCCGCCCGCAAUACCCACCGGAAACUGCAUGUAG